CCACCUCCUUAUAAAUAAAUGCAGAGCAAACUUUCACUUCAGAUAAGAAACUGCACAGGAGUGCACAGCAUUUUUCUAAUACUGAAAAGUUUGUGUUCACAGUCAUGAAAGUACUUCUGGUUGCUGCGCUGGUCGCCCUGAUUCAUGGCAGUUAUGCCACCCUGCUCAUUAAAGGGCCAACCGAGCCGGUCCUGGAGGGAGACAGCAUCACACUGGAGUGUCUGUACUCGGACUCUGAACACAACAUCAGCCAGGUCCAUUUCGAGGUCUUCUCCCAGUACAUGCGGAGAUGGCGUACAGUUUGGGAGGGAUCUAUCUGCUUCUAUUCGCUGGAAAUCAAACAGACUGUAGAGAGUCUAGUCCUCUCUAUCCCCCAUGCUGGAAGGUACUAUCAGGGGCCCUACCGCUGUGUGUCCGACGCCGAAAAUGUGACUGAGCCAGACAGCUCCUCCCGGACGCUGGAUUUCAAAGUGCAUUAUAUGGGGGAUCUGUCGCUGUACAGGGAAGGCUACACCAGCUACCUGGACGUCUCGCAGGAGCUGAAGGUGCGACUCGGCGAAGACGUGGUGGUGAAGUGCUCUGCCAGCUCAUCAGAGAAGCCGAGCUACUUCUGGAAUAAAGACGGUGACGACUGGAUCCUGCCUCUCUCCACGCUGACGCUGAAGAAGGUGACUGCGAUGGAUGGAGGCCAGUACACUUGCAUGGCCCAGCAUCCCUCUGUGGAGUCACUCAGCAAGAAACACACCAUCAGCAUCACGGUGCUGCCUGAGGAUGCCCCCUGGUACGCGUCUAGUAAUGGCCAUCUCAUGUUGAUGACCUCAGCGGCGGCUGUCUCUCUCCUGGUGUUCAUCCUCUCCAUGACUGUAUUCCUGUGCCGCAGGGCCAAGCAGGCCAGGACCAGCAAGGGACCCAUUGACGACAAGUCUCAGAAGAAGCCCAUCUACAAAGCCAGUGUUGAGUCCCUGCCCUCCACCUGCGGAGACAAACAACCUCUGGUUUGACUGCCCAGCCAGGUGGAAGCAUGAAGAAGGGAGGAGGAAGAUGGAGCGAGCGGCGAGGAAAAUGGGAGUGGGUGGCCAGAAAAUGAGGGAUGGUGUAGAAGGGCUACUUAGAGAGGGAAGAUGUGCAGUAUACUGCAUGAGGGAGGAAAUGAGGGAAGCAAAGAGGGAUAUUUGGAGACUGUAAGGAAGGGAGAGCUUAAAAAACUUAAGGGCAAAUGAUUGCUUUAGAGACUCAGAAGCUGCUUUGCUUGUGUGCGUAGGCUGUACUUAUGCAUCCUGGACAGCAAAGGUGGGCAAUUUUCUCUUCAUUUAUUCUGCAGCGUGGAAAAUGGUGAGCUACAUUCUUAGGGAAAUGGUGGGAGAUUCAUCUUGUGUACUGUAUGAGCUGUAAAGACUCCACAUGCAAUUCCCUCUUUUCUGUUGCAAACAUAAUUGCUCAGCUGUGUAUUAUGAAUGGGUGAUAGGACAAGGUUUUAUUUUGUUGAUUUUGUUUCCCUUUCAACCUCGUUUUUUCCACACCAGAACCAGCUCAAAGCAUCUGUGGGAAGGUUAUUAUAAUCUCUUUUACUGUGACAGCUCUCAAGCGCAUUGCACUCUACUAUUUAAUUUACUGUACUUUGGAUUUCUUUGAUAUUAAAUGGCUUUCAGAAAAAAUAUUA